AUGGGCUCUGGAGACAGUCUGAGGAAAAUUGCUGCACUUAUUGGGAUCUUUGUGGUUUUGAAGGUGCAAGCUGUUCCGACACUUUCUGGUGGUGAUGCAGAUGCUGGUGAACUGAGGGACGACAUACUCGAGAUCAACAGAGGGUUGAACCACCUGUUUGAGGGAGAUAUUGCAAGUGAUCCCAGCAGGAAUGCAAUCCUGGACCAAACAAAAAGAUGGAAGUUUCCCAUCCCCUAUAUCCUAACUGAUUCUUUAGAACUGAAUGCUAAAGGCGUGAUCCUGCAGGCUUUUGAGGAAUACCGUUUGAGAUCCUGCGUGGACUUCAAGCCCUAUGAGGGAGAGAGCAGCUAUGUCUCCUUCACCAAGCUGUCUGGAUGCUGGUCAUAUGUCGGAGAUGAUAAGAAAGGCCAGAAUGUGUCCAUUGGGGACAGGUGUGACACCAAGUCGAUUGUGCAGCAUGAGCUCCUCCAUGCUCUGGGCUUUUACCACGAACAGUCGAGAUCAGACAGAGACAACUAUGUCAAAAUCUGGUGGGACCAGAUUGUAGAAGGCAUGGAGCACAAUUUCAAUAAGUAUAACGAUGACUUCAUCACUGAUCUGAACACACCGUAUGAUUAUGAGUCCAUCAUGCACUACCGGCCAUUCUCUUUCAACAAGAACGAAAGCAUCCCCACAAUCACCACCACCAUACCCUACUUUAAUGAGGUCAUUGGCCAGCGGCUGGAUUUCAGUGCUGUAGACAUUACCAGGCUCAACCGCAUGUACGACUGUGCAAACACACACACCCUGUUGGACCAGUGCUCCUUUGAGCUGAUCAACAUCUGUGGAAUGAUCCAGAAUGAGAAAGACAAUGCAGACUGGGUCCAUACACUGAGCAGUCCGGCUGAUACAGACCACACCCUGGCAGGGCGCUGCAGAGAUUCUGGCUACUUCAUGAAGUUUGACACAUCUACGGGUGCAGCUGGAAGCAGCGCCUCGCUGGAGUCACGUAUCCUUUACCCCAAGAGAGACGAGCAGUGCCUGCAAUUCUUCUACAAGAUGACCGGAGCAGCCGGGGACAAACUGGUGAUAUGGAUCAAGACUGAUGAUGGGACAGGGACUGUGAACAGUGUCAGGAAGAUCCACACUAUUACAGGUAGUGGAGAUGAUGCGUGGAAAAUAGCCCAUGUGACUCUCAAGGUGACAGAAAAGUUCCGCUAUUUCUUCCAAGGCAUCAGAGGAUCAUCCAACUCCUCGGGUGCCAUCUUAAUCGAUGACAUCACUCUUACUGAGACUGUUUGCCCCAGUACCGUGUGGCAAAUCCACAACUUCACUGGCGUUCUUGCCACUACAACCCCCGGCACUCAGCUGAGAAGCAAGUGCUUCUACAACUCGGAGGGCUACUCAUUUGGCAUCAGUGUUUACCCAAAUGGAAGACUCACUGACUACCCAGACUAUGUUGGUAUGACCUUUCACCUCUGCAGCGGGGAAAAUGAUGCAGUGAUGCAGUGGCCAGCCCAAAACAGGCAGGCCACCAUUGUUGCCAUGGACCAGGACCCUGACGUAAAACUGAGGAUGUCUAAUACAAGAAGCUUCACCACAGACACUAAUCCCAUCUGGAACAGACCAACAGCUACGUCAGGAGCAGUGUAUGAUGCCAGCGGUGAGAUUUACCGCAGUCAAGACUUUGGCUGGAGCACAUUCAUGUCCCACAAGCACCUGCACAGGAGGAGCUUCCUCAAGAACGAUGACCUCAUCAUUACUGCUGAUUUCAAUGAUCUGACCCACCUGAUCAAGACUGAAGUACCUGUCAAACCGGCCACAACAAGUGAUGACAUCACAGAUGAGAAGCCAAUCAACGAAGUGGAGAUGAAGCCCGCAGCUCCAAAGCGCAGAGAAGCUCGUGCAGCUGCCAACCCCUGUCUUCCAAACCCUUGUUUUAAUCGAGGCGUGUGUUUGGAGAGCGAAGGCAAAGCCACAUGCAGGUGUGCAUCAAGCCAGACCACCUACUUCACUGGGAAGAGGUGCGAGGACGUGAACAUACACAGAGGCAUUCUGGGAGCUCUGAUUGGUGGCGCAGCAGGGACCGUGGUUCUGACACUUGCCAUUUUCACCAUCAUCAGGAAGGCUCAGUGAAAA